GCACAGCCUUCGUUACCGUGCCGCUCGAUGUCACAAACCCGAUCUUUGGAAACCGGAAAAUGGUGGACUCGUUGUCAUAGUCUGCCAUUUGCGUGCCUUGCGUUUGUUCUCGUAGCGGAGCGUACGCAGCCACUGCUGUGUUUCCCGCAGCCGGGUUGAACGUGUCCACCAUCCAGACUAACUUAGUGCUGUGCUGAGGGCCGGUUCGACGUGUAAGGUAGUUGAUUUCGUGCUUGGUCUACGGGAAAAAUUCUUCUGAUCUACGCCUAGUCCGUAGCUCGAUCGAUGGUCUUUACAAAGCCUUGCAGGCGAACACUGUGACACGCCCCAUCUCUGGUACACACUCACCCUAAAUGUAUUGAUUGACGAGCCACUCAUUAUGGCUCCAAAAAACAAGAAGAAAGAGGUAACGGCGCAGGAAGUGCCAGGGAGAAAUGAACAACCACCUCCAGACUGGCCAAACUUCGCACCACUGGUAUCGCCACUCGACCUAUCCUUGGAGGAAACAGUACCCAAACAAAUCAUGUGCAUACGCAACCUCUGGACCUCCACGCUUUGCAGAAAUUACGUCACGUUCCUCUCGUCGCUCCCGCUGACCACAACGCCUGGAAGACCAAAGAAAGGCGAUGCAGUCCGCGUUAACGAUCGCUACCAAAUCGACGAUCCUGUGUUCGCCACCCGGCUCUGGAACGAAACGGCUUUGAAGUACCUUGUCAGCACGGAUGAAGGAUCUGGAGUAGACGAAAACGAAAGGGUGAAGCUGUGGGGUGGUGAGGUCGUCGGGUUGAAUCCGAAUAUCAGGAUAUAUCGUUAUAAGAAAGGGCAUUUUUUUGACCAGCACUAUGACGACUCGAAUAACGUCAAUGUUGCCGCUGAGAACGGACAGCUUGUGCAGGCGAAAACUACAUGGACGCUCUUACUCUAUCUUACGUCGCCGGCUACUGGAUGCAUCGGCGGCGAAACAGUCUUCUACCCGGAUCCACCUUCCAAGAAAGCUGCUGCUCCAGAUCCAAUUGCCAUUGGGCUAGAGGUGGGCAUGGCUCUGCUCCAUAAGCACGGUAAAGACUGCAUGCUGCACGAAGGACGCGAGGUGACUGCUGGCGAGAAAUGGGUCAUCAGAAGCGAUCUUUGCGUCAAGCGAUGAUUUUUUCAUAUCUGCCUUGGUGCGUUAUAUUUACACAGAGGCGCGCAAAAGCAUAGAUGGCGCGUUAUAGGUUCUUGGCGGCUAGAAGUUUAGCAGCCCGCAACAGCAGCGUAAUGCUGCAGUACACGCUACCACCCCAUACACCGGUCCGCAGGGUUGCUAGCAGAUUGUUGCUACUGUUGGCGAUGUACACAACGACAUAAAUAGCCCUGCAGCGGAUAUUAGCCGUGUACAUCACAACGCACGAACGAGCCGACCAAAGUAUCACGCACCUAAACAAAAGAUAAAGCUUGGUGAACUUGUCGACUUCAUCGCCGCUAACCCCAGCGGAAAUCGCAGCCACUACAGCGGGCGCAAAGAGCAAGAGAGAUUCGUGCCCGUUCUGGUGUGCAGCGUCGGCACGCUUUGCACGCGCGAGAACAGCAUCGUCUACCUUGAGGUCACGGCCCAUAUUGUUACGGCCUAGGACGGUUUUGCGUCAGUAAGAGGCAUGCACAACGUCGAAAACGUAGGGUGACCAGUUCAACUGACCCAGUCUGUUGUCCCACUUGUAGCCACCAGCGCCCAGAGAUGUGACUUUGAACACAUGUGGCGCGAAAGUGAGAGCCCACGCGUAAACCACGCGGUACAGCGCGUCGGAAUAUGGUGACAUGGUGCAGCAAAUGUUCUGUACCGUGUUGGCACGGACUAAGCAGGUAUCUUGGUAAUUAUUUUUCUUUUUUAUGGAUGAAAGAAUGCAGCAGCGUUAAUAUGGGGAAGUCAACAUCGGCUUUAAUGUUCCUUAGCGACACAUUCGAAACCAUCCCCACCUCCUCAUGAUGCCGAGGCAGCCAGCUUCAUUUAACCUCUCGUUCCCCAUCGUGAACAAAUUGGCGCUAGUGGCGCACGUAGAAACGUUCUAGUCUGGCGAUCAUGACACAAAGCGGAUGAAUACAGACCUCCGAUGACGACGGGUUCAGGAAGAGUGCGGGAAGCGGGCUCGAAAUGCCCAACUAACCCGAUUCAGGAACCGAGAUGGGACUUCCGUCAAAGCUUUUAUCGAAGUCGAAUGGUUGAAGACACGGAAUGGCCCAGUGAGUUCCAUCAGGAAGCCGAUCCAGCGAACCGUCCGUUCGUGAAUCUGGAAUUAGUUUUCGGUUCCCUGCAGUCCUAGCGGUGCAACGCUACCAGCGGCAACCUCUUGUCCAGCCUUGCACGAAACCGUCCCAUAGUUGAGAAACUCUGCAUGUCUGGUAAACGCACAGAUGCUCGAUUGGUGCAUUUCAAUUUGGCACAAGGCUCUUUACAAACAGACGUCGUGGGAAGAUCAGGACCAGACAAGAAUAUCCGAAGCAAUGUUUGAACAAGUUUGGAGUACCUGAAGCGAUCGAGAGUCAAGGAGUUUACUGGAAGACAAACCUAGAAACUUUGACCGUACCUCUUUCUCCAAGUCUAUACCUGUGCGGACGGUCUAGUGAGGUCUAUUAUCUUUGGAACGAGUUUCGAGCUGCCCAGGCCAACGAGAACGGGACAGCUCUUCUCAUGCUGUUCACAAUCUCCACGGCAAGGGCUAUUCGAUUGCAACGAUCAGACAUUGUUUCAUGUGAAUUAACAGUUACUAGUAGGUUGUGCAAGAUAUUCCCUCAUGAGCGGACAAUCGUCGAUCGAUUUCUUCUACCACAACAAGUAUAACUUUACCGAUUAUAUCUAGAAGAGCUAGGUGCUGUAGUCUAUACCCUGCGAUCGACGAAGCGUAAAAAGUAUAGAUAUAUAGCAUCUGAGAAGCACUUGCACGCACAGGGACAACACAAGCUUCUGCAGCAGGUUCGUCUCUCAGUCAUGCGUUGCAGCUCAGAUGGCCCGUGAGGACUACUUGUGCAGUCCUGCAAACGUUCUGCGAAUGUGCAGGUGUCAUGGCUUGGUAUAAGACAUCGAGUUCACGUUGGAAGAACGAACAAAAGAAACGAAACAGAGACAACCACGGCAAUGUCUGCGGUCUCACGAUGGGGCUAUCGGCGUGAAUUGGCAAGCAUUCCUGGCUUGCCCACUGGGCUGGCGUUAACUUUCUGCGUUAACAGCGCUCCGUCAUGAACUUGAAUGCGUGGAAAAUAGUAAUUUUUUGUUAUUUAACUCCUGAUGCGUAUGUACGUAGUUUUCUUG